GUGUGACCGGAAGGGGUGAGGGUCUGUUUUUUUAGUCCAGAGCCGCGGAGCCACCUGUCAGUGAGCUACACGCACAGAGCCAAGCUUUAUCGAAUCUGUGAGCAUGGGGCCAACAGGUGAGGUGGUGUUUGGCAGCCCGGUGCCGGUCUGCCCUGAGAACCGGUUGCGAUGGGAUCUGAACCCCGAGCAGAUCCAGCAGCUCUCCGAGGAGCUCAUUGCCAACACCAAGAAGGUGUACGACUGCAUCGGAGCCCUUGACCUUGACAACGUCACCUUUGAGAACACGCUGAAGGCGCUCGCCAACGUGGAGGUCGAGUACACCGUUCAGAGGAACACAUUGGACUUCCCGCAGCAUGUGUCUCCCUGUAAGGAGGUGCGAGCAGCGAGCACAGAUGCCGACAAACGCCUUUCCGAGUUUGACGUGGAGAUGAGCAUGAGGGAAGACGUCUACCAGAGGAUCGUUGCUCUGGAGAAGAAGAUUGACCCUGAAAGCCUCACCGUGGAGUCCAAGCGGUACAUGGAGCGACUGAUCAAACUGGGGAAGAGGAAUGGCCUCCACCUGCCCAAAGACACACAGGAGGAGAUCAAAACCAUCAAGAAGAAGCUGAGCAACCUGUGCAUCGACUUCAACAAGAACCUAAACGAAGACACCACCAGCCUGUCCUUCACCAGAGAUGAGCUGGGCGGCCUCCCCGAAGACUUCCUGAGCUCUCUGGAGAAGGACGGCGACAAGCUGAAGGUCACGCUGAAGUAUCCUCAUUACUUCCCCACCAUGAAGAAAUGCUUUGUCCCAGAAACCCGCCAGAAGCUGGAGGAGGCCUUCAACUCCCGCUGCAAGGAGGAGAACUCGGCGAUCCUGAAGGAGCUAGUGGAGCUCCGGGCUCAGAAGUGCGCUCUGCUUGGCUUCACCACGCACGCCGACUUCAUCCUGGAGAUGAACAUGGCCAAGUCUGGGAAGAAGGUGGCCAGCUUCCUGGAGGACCUCGCCCGGAAGCUGAAGCCGCUGGGUGAGGAAGAGCGAGCGGUCAUCCUCAAGCUGAAGGAGAAGGAGUGUCAGAAGAGAGGCCUGCCUUUCAACGGGGAGCUGCACGCCUGGGACACGCGCUACUACAUGACCCAGGUGGAGGAGACUCAAUAUGCCGUGGAUCAAAACCUGUUGAAGGAGUACUUUCCGAUGGAGGUGGUGACUCAGGGUCUGCUGGACAUCUACCAGGAGCUGCUGGGUCUGUCCUUCGAGCUGGUGGACGGAGCUGCCACCUGGCAUCCUGAUGUCACUCUGUACUGCGUGAAGGACCGUGUCACUGGUCAGGUGGUCGGGCAGUUCUACCUGGACCUCUAUCCGCGUGAAGGGAAGUACGGCCACGCCGCCUGCUUCGGCCUGCAGCCAGGCUGUCUGCUGAGUGACGGCACGCGCCAGAUGUCGGUGGCUGCAAUGGUGGCCAACUUCAGCAAACCGACGGCGGAUGCCCCGUCGCUCCUGCAGCACGACGAGGUGGAGACGUACUUCCAUGAGUUUGGCCACGUCAUGCACCAGCUGUGCGCUCAGGCAGACUACGCCAUGUUUAGCGGGACUCAUGUGGAGCGGGACUUUGUGGAGGCUCCGUCUCAGAUGUUGGAGAACUGGGUUUGGGAAAAGGAACCUCUGCAAAGGAUGUCCAAGCACUAUAAGACCAGAAACCCGAUCCCUGACGAGCUGCUGGACAAACUCAUCAAGUCCCGCCUUGCCAACACCGGUCUCUUUAACUUGAGGCAGAUCGUCCUGGCCAAAGUGGAUCAGGCUCUGCACACCAGGAAAGGCCUGGACCCCGCAGAGGAGUACGGACGCCUCUGCCAGGAUAUCCUGGGAAUACCUGCCUCACCUGGAACCAACAUGCCGGCGACCUUUGGACACCUGGCGGGCGGGUACGAUGCUCAGUACUACGGUUACCUGUGGAGCGAGGUGUUCUCCAUGGACAUGUUCUAUGCCCGCUUCAAACAGGAGGGAAUAAUGAACCCAAAGGUGGGUCUUGACUACAGGAAGUUCAUCCUGCGGCCCGGCGGCUCAGAGGACGCCUCUGAGAUGCUGAGGAAGUUCCUCGGGCGGGAACCCAAACAGGAAGCCUUCCUACUGAGCAAAGGACUAACGUUGGAGCUGGACGCCAGCACACCAUGUCCCUGCUGACCAAUCACAGCAGCUGGCUCCACCCCCUCCUCGUUCCCAGACGUGAAACAUAUAAAAGUACAGACUGAGAUUUUCUAGAAAAAACUGUAAAAUGUUCCAACAUGGAGAAAAACCUGUGAAUAAAACGAUUCAAGGUGA